AUGGCGACUGAUAUCGAUGUCCUCGCGGGCGGCGCAACCGUCGACGCUGGGUCGCAAACGAACAAGAAAGGACUCAAGUUCUGGCUAGUUUUUGCAGCCAUUUCUCUCACAACCUUUCUCGCGGCUCUCGACACAUCCAUCAUCUCAACUGCGCUGCCUACCAUUGCGGCCGACCUUGGGUCCGAGAGCUUGUAUGUGUGGAUCAUAGAUUCGUAUCUGCUGGCCUCGACCGCUACGAUUCCCAUAUUUGCCCAGGCUGCCAACAUCUACGGGCGACGCAGCCUCAUACUCAUUUCCGUGCUGCUCUUUGCGCUUGGAAGCGGCCUCUGUGGCGGCGCGUCCAACAAUGCCAUGAUGAUUGGUGGACGAUCAGUCCAGGGCGUGGGCGGCGGCGGCAUUCUGACCAUGUCGGAGAUCAUCGUCUGUGAUCUCGUCUCCAUUCGCGAGAGGGGCCUUUAUGCCGGUAUUAUCGGAGGCAUCUGGGCUAUUGCUUCCGUCAUUGCUCCAAUAAUAGGCGGCGCGUUUGCACAAAACAUCACCUGGCGCUGGAUCUUCUACAUCAAUCUACCCAUUUCUGGCGUCUCCAUCAUUGCUCUGGCGCUGUUCCUCCAGCUACGCCGGCCUCCUGCUGGCACCAUCAAGAGCCAAAUUGCGCGAAUAGACUGGGGCGGUAGUUUUCUGCUCAUAACGUCCAUUACGGCCAUCAUUCUGGCUCUUAGCUGGGGAGGUUCGACCAACCCGUGGUCUUCUUGGAGGACCAUCGUCCCUCUUGUUCUGGGCUUCAUUGGCCUUGUAUUCUUUUUUGUGUACCAGGCAGCCCCUUGGUUGACGGAUCCCACGAUGCCGUUGCGACUGUUCGGCAACCGUACAGCCGUCACAGUCUUCAUAAUGAGUUUCAUCCAUAGCAUGCUACUGUUCUGGGUCUGCUACUUCCUGCCUGUUUACUUUCAGGGUGUCAAGGAAGCUAGUCCAUCUCGAUCCGCCGUCAUGCUAUUCCCUAUUGCAACAACCAGCGCUCCAGGUGGUGUAAUUGCCGGUAUUUCCAUCACAAAAACUGGAACGUAUCGUAUCUGGCACUUCCUCGGAUUCGGCCUCAUGGCGUUGGGUUGCGGUUUAUUCACCCUCUUUGACGAGGCCACUCCAACUGGCCAGUGGGUUGGCUUCCAGCUUCUCUUUGGCUUUGGUUGCGGUUUUGUCUUCACCAGCUGCCUGCCUCCCAUUCUGGCCAGUCUACCUGAUUCAGACGUUGCAACAGCUACAGGUGCCUGGACAUUUCUUCGGAACUUUGGCUCUAUAUGGGGGAUUGCUAUACCUGCCGCCGUCUUCAACACACAUGCUAACAAAUUAGCCUCUGAAGUCUCUGAUCCGAGUGUGCGGGCCCUUCUUGUGAACGGGGGAGCUUACGGCCAUGCCACGCGUGAAUUCAUUACCAUGUUUAACGGAGACCCUGCCCUAAAAUCCGAAAUAUUGAGCCUCUAUGUCCGGGGGCUCAAAGUCGUUUGGGAAGUGUCUAUUGCUUUUGCGCUCCUUGGCCUGGCUUUUGCUUUCUUCGUUCCAUCUAUAGAGCUCAGAGACGAGUUGAACACUGAGUAUGGAAUGAAAGAAGCAGAGACGAAACCUACUACCGACCUGGGCGACAAGGCUUGA